AUGUCUGAUCCAAGCGCCGAGCUCCAAUCCACACUCCGCAACCUGUCUAUAGGCGAAAAGGGCCCGGUGCAGGACAUCUCCCGCCCAAAUGUGAAAAGCCUCUCGGGUUCAGGAGCCACAUCUCCGAACCCCAAGCCAAAACCCAAGAAAACCACCAAAGUUGUUGCAGACUCUUGGGAGGACGAGGCAGAUCUCUCCGCCUCGGAUACCGAGGAUGCUCCACCCCGCGCUGAAGGCACUACCGCAGUGCUCUCGCCAACCCUCAGCGCUGAGGGUCCGCUGGAUCCCCCGCCGACGCCUAUCUCUCCGCAGACCUCAAACCCGUGGAUGGGCAGAGCUGCUUCUCCUGCUACUUCAUCGCGGGAACCCCCAACUCGUCGCCCGGAGAAGCAAACUGCUGUGGCGGAACGGCUGAUUGCUGGUGCGUUGGGGAUUCGUGCGCCGAAGAGGACAGAGCAGCAGCGUGCUUAUGAUCGCUCGGUGAAGGAGCAAGAAAUUAAGAGACGGAACCGCGAGCGCGAGGAGAAAGCGAAGGCUAUAGAGGAGGAAGAAAAGGCCAAGGCUUCUAUUUGGGAUAGUUAG